AUGGAAAUAACAAAAGUCGAACUAACAGAGACAACAGCUGUUGAACUGUCGAAAGCUGAAACAACCGAAAAUGAACAAUCAACAGUUAAACCAACAGACAUAGAGACAAUAAAAGACAAAUCAGCUGAAGUCAUAAAUAAAGAAAUGGUGGCAACUAUAGAAUUCAAAAGUGGGAACUCCAGAAUCGGUGUCAGCAGAAGAAAAACACAUAGAAUUGAAACAGAAGCUUUGGUGACUGAACCAACAAAAGUCGAGAUUAUUGAAACAGUUUCAACAAAGAAAGAAUCACCAAAAACUGAAUCAACAGAAACGAAACCAGAUAAAAGUGAACAAGCAAUUGCCGAAACUAAUGAAAAAAUUUUAACAAAUGAAGAAUCACCUAAAGUUGAAUCAAUCAAACCAGAAAAAGCAUUUGAACUAAAAGAAGAGAAAAUUCCAGAAACUGAAACAGUAAAAGUAGUGCAAGAAGAAACAGAAUCGAUAAAAGUUGAAAUUCAAGAAACAGAAUCGACAAAAUUUGAACAAGAGGUAACGAAAGCUGAAACAACAGAAGAAUCUUCAAAAGUUGAACAACAGAAUCUGAAGUCAGAAAAAAACAGAUAA